AGCGCCCAACCCCGACGCCGACGAACCCCUGCUCGCAUUUUGGCCUCCCUCUCCGCGAGCGAAGGUCGCUUUGCUCGCUCUUUCUCUUUCCUCCGCGAAGCGCUCCCUGCUCCUGAACGCGGACGCUGCCAACGCCGUCGCCUUCCCAAGCCCCACCGAUAGGCAUCCCAUUGGCGACUCCCGUACGUCCCAAGGAUGUUCGUGAAUUCUGUGAAGAGACUUCGAAUUAAGAGGACUUCUGAGGCUAAUGGACUUGGCACUAGCAAGCACACUUGAUGAAGAGGAACUUGCUGACCUCAAGGAUCAAUUUGCUGCAAUUGAUGUAGAUAAAAAUAGUUCUAUUAGUCUUGAAGAAAUGAAAGAGGCCCUUGCUCAGGAUCUUCCCUGGAAGAUGAAGGAACCACGUGUCUUAGAGAUUCUUCAAGCGCUACUCUUCAUGUGCAUCGAAUGGAGGAACAUGACUCAGAGAAGUGGUAGCUGCAGUCACAGGCCGCUUUUUGAAAAAUUUGACAUUGAUCGUGAUGGUUAUAUAACCCCAGAAGAACUUCGACUGCAGACAGGUUUGAAAGGCUCCCUCAGUCCUCUGCUAGAGGAAGCCGACGUCGACAAAGAUGGGAAAAUAAGUUUAUCGGAGUUCAGAAGGCUGUUAAGAACUGCAAGCAUGGGCUCUCAAAACUUGCCAAGCCCAUCUGGUUAUUGGAAUUUGAGGAAGAUAUAGAUCCAUUAUGGAGCUUUUGGGUGUUAAAAAGAGAGGAGGGAGCACGAGACAGGCUACGUAUUUUGGUUACUCAAGAUAUACCGAGCCAACCAUGAUGACCGCCUCUGUACUCCGCUCCAUUGCCAGUGGAAAUCCCUGUACAAAAGUUAGUAUCAAGGGAUUUUGCAUGGCACCCCAAGUUAGCCGAGAAGUGCUUGAGGAUGAAGGUUUGGAGAGAUUGCUGGCUGUGGUCGUUUACUUGGUGAGAGGGAAGGGCUAUACGGGCGUACGUCUUCUAAUGAGUGUGGGAUGUGUAGGCUGCGAGUGUAUAUUUAACGCCCUUGAAUUUGGGGGCCUGUUCUAUUACAGAAUGGGCAAUGCUUUUUUACUUGUAAGGCCUUCUCUUUUCCCAAUUGUUUUGGCAUCGCAAAUGAAUUAAGUGUAAACAUUUUUCAGUCUCUCAGAGAUGGGCAAUGCACCUACUUUUUCUGUGAA